AUGAGCUUUGCGCCACAGGGCGAACGCGACCUCUUCGACCGCAACCUGCUGGACUUCGCGUCGUACGAGGAGUACCUCGACCAGCAGGUGACGCCGGAGGACCUUUUCUACUUCGGCGACCAGGACAUCGCGCGGCAGAUCGUGGAGCUCGGCUACAAGGGCAAGGACUUCCUCAGCCGCGAGGACUUCGAGGCGGCGCGGCUGGUCGCGCUGGAGGGGCCGUCAAAGCGCGAGGAGGCGGCCGACGUGGUGUGCAGCGCGGGGCGCAAGUUCGACGACGCGCCGCUGCUGCAGGCGCUGGCGAAGCGCGAGGAGCUGGUGCGCAACGGCAAGCUGUCGACGAUCAUAUUCCUGCGGGAUGUGGUGCGGGGGCAGGAGGUGUCGGCGUACAUCGACUACGGCCACCGUCUCAAGACGGAGGACUUCGCGGAGUAUUUCGCGCGGCGUAAGAAGCUCGCGCCGAAGCGCACGGACCUGAGCUACUACAACUGGAAGACGCACACACUGUUCUACAACAACAGCUUCACGUUUCAGGUGCUCGCCGACAACGAGAUGGGGCUACUGAUGAAGCACAAGCGCGACCGGAAGACCAUCAACGUGGACCCACGCGCCCCCACGCCUGGCGACAACAGCAACCGCACCGUCAUCCACUGCCCGGACUACGUGCAGGUCACCAUCUACGACCACGUCACACGCCGUAAGAAUUAA